AUGAGUAACUUCAGCACCAGCUUCGUGAAAGGCUACUCAGGUUCGAAGAGCUCUUCUGUUGAGGUGGAUGCCUGCAGCAAAAGCACUACAUCAUCUGAGGGUGCCGCCCAUACCCUGCUUAUCCACGGCCCCGUCGAGCUCAAGAGCGGCUGGAGGAGGCAGAAGCGGCACCUCUUCUUAUUCAGCGAUUUCUUGCUGGUGUCCAAUACCAAGUAUAAGAAAAAACUUAAGAUAAAAAAGAAAAUACCACUGAACACCAUGUGGACUGCCAACUGUAUGGACAGAGUGGAGGAUGCCAACAUCUGUGCUGGGAGGUCCUUUAUCCUGGGCUGGCCCACGGUGACCUUUGUGGCCACCUUCGGUUCUUCGGAACAAAAGGAAAAAUGGCAUUCUUUCCUUCAAAGGUAUAUCAGUCUGGCCAAAGAGAAGGACCAGCCCAAAAGCAUUCCUCUCAGAAUCUUCACUGAGGACAUCAAGAACUGUGCCUGUUCUGUAACUGUAACAGUAACAAAUUCAGACACAGUGAAUGACAUUAUCAACAUGUCACUACCAAUGCUAGGAAUAACUGGCUCUGAGAAAGACUACCAGCUGUGGGUGAGUGCUGGCAAGGAAGCGUCCCCACACCCACUCACUGGACAUAAACAUCCCUAUGGAAUUAAAAUGAGCCAUCUUCCAUCUACCACACUGCUGCCGCAGACACCAGAGGACUCCAUCUCUCCUUCCACCCUCCAGGAGUCCCUCCUUCUGGAGCAGGGGUUCGCAGAGAUGCAAGGCCAGUUCAUCCUGAAGCCCAGGCACCCAACGCAGAAUGAGCAAGGGAGAGAUUACGGGCAGAAGACACUUAAAAGCCGUUUUUUCAGAGACUGGGCCUGUUGUCUGGGCUCCAGCACUAGCCAGCACAGCCAGUGCACAACCCCACCUUCUUCAAAGCCAGGACAGCUCUUUGGAGUUUCCCUCAUGGAUGUGUGUGAUAAAGACAACCUGCCGUUGCCAAUUCUGGAUAUGCUUUCCUUUAUUAAUCAAAAAGGGCCACUCACAGAAUGCAUCUUCAGCAAAUCACCCAAUAUAAAAUCAACUAGGGUCAUAAAGGAGAAACUAAAUUCUGGGGUCAAAGUGGACCUGUACAGCGAAUCUGUUCAUGUGGUCGCAUCCGUCUUAAAGGAUUUCCUAAGAAAUAUCCCAGGAAGUAUAUUUUUGUUCAAUCUCUAUGACAAAUGGCUCGGUGUUAUUGAUCAAGGGAACGAAGAGGAGAAGAUGACUGCAGCGCGGAGGCUUUUAGCCCAGCUGCCAAGAGCAAAUGUUGUUCUCUUGCGAUACCUUUUUGGAGUGCUAUACAACAUCGAGCAACAUUCCUCAUCCAAUCAGAUGACAGCUUAUAAUUUAUCCGUUUGUAUAGCCCCAAGCGUUCUUUACCCACCUGAUUCCGACAGCUUGGAAUUGGAAGACAACUUGAUAAAAAAGAUUUCUCUUGUACAAUUUCUCAUUGAAAAUUGCCUUAAAAUAUUUGGAGAAGACAUCACUUCCCUCUUGGGAGAGAACUCAAUGAGUCGUGGUAACAGCGAGCAGGCUGCAGACUCCAGCCUGAAGACUGUGAAAACCCGUUCUUUCAGAGACAGGGUGUUUUGUCGGGGUUCCAGCACUUCCCAGCACAACCAGUGCACAGCCCCACCUUCCGCAAAGCCAGGACAGCUCUUUGGAGUUUCCCUCAUGGAUGUGUGUGAUAAAGACAACUUGUCCUUCCCAAUUCUGGGUAUGCUUUCCUUUAUUAAUCAGAAAGGGCCACUCACAGAAGGCGUCUUCAGAAACUCAGCCAAUAUAAAAUCCCGCAGAGUCCUAACGGAGAAACAAAAUUCUGGGGUCAAAGUGAACCCGUACAGGGAAUCUAUUCAUGUGUUCGCAUCCGUCUUAAAGGAUUUUCUUAGAAAUAUCCAUGGAAGUAUAUUUUUAUCUGAUCUCUAUGACAAAUGGCUCGGUGUUAUUGAUCAAGGCAACGAAGAGGAGAAGAUAACUGCAGCCCAGAGGCUUUUACCCCAGCUGCCAAGAGGAAAUGUUGUUCUCUUGCGAUACCUUUUUGGAGUGUUAUACAACAUUGAGCAACCUCCCUCAUCCACUCAGAUGACAGCUUAUAAUUUAUCAGUGUUUAUAACCCUAAGCGUUCUUUACGCACCUGAUUCUGGCACCUUAGAAUUGGAAGACAACUUGAUAAAACAGAUUUCUCUUGUACAAUUUCUCCUUGAAAAUUGCCUCAGGAUAUUUGGAGAAGACAUCACUUCCCUCUUGGGAGAGAACUCAAUGAGUCGUGGUAACAGCGAGAAGGCUGCAGACUCCGGCAAGAAAACUGUGACAAGCCGUUCUUUCAGAGACAGGGCCUUUUGGUGGGGCUCCAGCACUUGCCAGCAGAACCAGUGCACAACCCCACAUUCUGCAAAGCCAGGACAGCUCUUUGGAGUUUCCCUCAUGGUUGUGUGUUAUAAAGACAACCUGGCCUUCCCAAUUCUGGGUAUGCUUUCCUUUAUUAAUCAAAAAGAGCCACUCACAGACGGCGUCUUCAGAAACUCAGCCAAUAUAAAAUCCUGCCAUGUCCUAAAGGAGAAACUAAAUUCUGGGGUCAAAGUGAACCCGUACAGCGAAUCUGUUCAUGUGGUUGCAUCCGUCUUAAAGGAUUUUCGUAGAAAUAUCCAAGGAAGUAUAUUUUUAUCUGACCUCUAUGACAAAUGGCUCGGUGUUAUUGAUCAAGGCAACAAAGAGGAGAAUAUAACUGCAGCCCAGAGGCUUUUAGCCCAGCUGCCAAGAGCAAAUGUUGUUCUCUCGCGAUACCUUUUUGGAGUGCUAUACAACAUUGAGCAACAUUCCUCAUCCAAUCAGAUGACAGCUUAUAAUGUAACCGUUUGUACAGCCCCAAGCGUUCUUUACCCACCUGAUUCCGGCAGCUUGGAAUUGGAAGACAACUUGAUAAAAAAGAUUUGUCUUGUACAGUUUCUCAUUCAAAAUUGCCUCAGGAUAUUUGGAGAAGUCAUCACUUCCCUCUUGGGAGAGAACUCAAUGAGUCAUGAUUACGGGAAGAAGACUGUGAAAAGCCGUUAUUUCAGAGCCAGGGCCUUUUGGUGGGGCACCAGAACUUUCCAGCACAACCAGUGCACAUCCCCACCUUCCGCAAAGCCAGGACAGCUCUUUGGAGUUUCCCUCAUGGAUAUGUGUUAUAAAGACAAGCUGCCCUUUCCAAUUCUGGAUAUGCUUUCCUUUAUUAAUCAAAAAGGGCCACUCACAGAAGGCGUCUUCAGCAAAUCAGUCAAUAUAAAAUCCUGCAGAGUCCUAAAGAAAAAACUAAAUUCUGGGGUCAAACUGAACGCGUACAGCGAAUCUGUUCAUGUGGUCGCAUCCGUCUUAAAGGACUUUCUUGAAAAUAUCCCGGGAAGUAUAUUUUUAUCUGAUCUCUAUGACGAAUGGCUCGGUGUUAUUGAUGAAGGCAACAAAGAGGCGAUGAUAACUGCAGCCCAGAGGCUUUUAGCCCAGCUGCCAAGAGCAAAUGUUGUUCUCUUGCGAUACCUUUUUGGAGUGCUAUACAACAUCGAGCAACAUUCCUCAUCCAAUCAGAUGACAGCUUAUAAUUUAUCUGUUUGUAUAGCCCCAAGCGUUCUUUACCCACCUGAUUCCGACAGCUUGGAAUUGGAAGACAACUUGAUAAAAAAGAUUUGUCUUGUACAAUUUCUCAUUGAAAAUUGCCUCAGGAUAUUUGGAGAAGACAUCACUUCCCUCUUGGGUGAGAACUCAAUGAGUCAUGGUAACAGCGAGAAGGCCGCAGAUUACGGGAAGAAGACUGUGAAAAGCCGUUAUUUCAGAGCCAGGGCCUUUUGGUGGGGCACCAGAACUUUCCAGCACAAUCAGUGCACAUCCCCACCUUCCGCAAAGCCAGGACAGCUCUUUGGAGUUUCCCUCAUGGAUAUGUGUUAUAAAGACAAGCUGCCCUUUCCAAUUCUGGAUAUGCUUUCCUUUAUUAAUCAAAAAGGGCCACUCACAGAAGGCGUCUUCCGCAAAUCAGUCAAUAUAAAAUCCUGCAGAGUCCUAAAGAAAAAACUAAAUUCUGGGGUCAAACUGAACCCGUAUAGCGAAUCUGUUCAUGUGGUCGCAUCCGUCUUAAAGGUAGGGAAGGUUCUAGCAUUAUCCACAUAUGUGUAACUGAAGCUAUGAAUGGUGUCCUUCAUCAUGACUGCUCAAGAACCGUAAUGGGCAUAAUAGAUUAAGAACCUGACAAGCUGAAAAAUGCUUGACAAAAUCAAUAUUUAAGGAAGCUCCUUUAGGAGUUAAAAGCCCCAUGUGUUAGAAAUACUUUCUGUUUUCACUACACACCGCCCUCCCCACCUUCACUCCUGAAGACUCCAUGCAAAAUACUAAUAAUGAAAUGACUACUAGUCAUGACAAUAAAUUUCAAAAUUUGCACCGAUACGUACACACUGUUUACCCAUGCAAA